AUGCCUGCCGAGGGUAACGACCCUGCCCGGCUUCGGGUAAGUAUCACCAUGACUAUUGAAGCUGACGCAGGCGGAGACCCUGUGCCCGCGCCUGCGUCCGACCUUGUGCCCGAACCAGCUGCCAGCCAUUCGAGGGAAGGUAGUGUCGACGUCUUGCGCCAGGCUACCCUAGCCAGACAGGCUAGACUUCGAGAAUUUCACGAUCAACAAAUUAUCAUUCAACACCGGGAAAGCCAAGACAGACAAGCCGAACUCCUGGAGGAGUCCGGUCAACUAAUGAUCGACAGCUUGGACGAUUUGCAAAACAUGGUGGAUACUAUGAAUCAUAACAUGGACGUGCAAGAUGAGGAUGAUCAGAUUGUCAGGGACAUCAACGACCCGCAGAUACGCAACUGGGAGGCUGACAUGUUAACUCGUCUCAUCGAAAUUGCUUAUUACAAGCAAUUGUCCAAUGUGCCCGCCGGCAGCAUUCGGUCCGGCCGCAGCGUAUUGAUCCUUGACAACAACCUCAACUUUAAUGCUAUGACAGUUCGGUACAGACAUGCUUCUCGAAGCAUUGGUCUCGGGACUCUCGAGCGGCUUGGUCUUAACUCGAGUCACCACCGCCUGCUAAGACGGUACGGCGAGUUUGCCCGUUACCGUAGUGACAACCCGUUCUCGACAGAGCCGUACUUUGCCCGCUGGCUCGACCACAGCCAGCAUGUCAAUCGCCAGAAGUACGGUUUCUGGGGUUCGCUGUUUUUCGUCUGCUACGGUCGAACCAUCCGCCAGAGUGCUGAUCUCGUCCCGGUUAGACGACCAGAUUGA